GUAAAAUAUAUUGCGUUCCGUCGCGUCCACUGCGUUUUGUUAAUAAUUGUUUAUUGUGUCUUGCAGUGGAAAUUGGAGAAUCGGAGUUACUCGAGGAAUUGUAGGACAAUUGUUUUUCUACUGAUUAUUGGAAAGUGAUAAAAAUGGUGCGGAGUGGAGACAAAGAAAGACAUCACAGAAGGCGUUCAAGGUCUCGUUCUCGUUCACGUUCACCAUCGCCGGAGAAAAAACGAAAACGAUCGCGAAGUAGAGAUCGUGAUCGCGAACGUGAAAAAUCGACUCGUCACCGAGAUCGACGGAGUCGUUCCAGGGAUCGAGAAACGCGGAGAGAUCGAUCAGAGCGAGAUCGAGAUCGAGAUCGGAAACGAGGUGACAGUAAAGAAAAACGCGUAGAAUCCUCGAAAUCCUCCCGAGGAAAAGACCGGAAACGUUCUCGAUCGCGUGAUAAAAAAGACAAAGAGAAAGUUGAUAACGAGGACUUGCCAUUCGACCACACAAAACUCGAUAAAGAGGAGGAGCAAAAACGCCUAGAGCUGGAAAUGCAAAAGCGACGAGAGAGAAUCGAGAGAUGGCGUGCAGAGCGCAAGAAGAAUGAGCUAGAGGCGACGAAAAAAGAUGGGAAGUCCUCGAUUCUCGCUAAUCUCCAACUACCGAUGAAGAAGUGGUCGCUGGAAGACGACAGCGACGAAGAGACACCACUUCCGGUCCCUCCGAAGGACCCGAAGGACGAGGACGAAGCUAAAGAGGAAGAAGAAGUAACGGAAAUGGGAAAACCCGAAGAGGACGAGAUCGAUCCACUGGACGCUUUCAUGGCUGAGGUGCAAGAAGAGGUCCGCAAGGUCAAUAAAUUCGAGAAAGGUAAGUCAAAUACCAACGGCGCUGCCGGCAAUUCCCAGAGUGGUGGUGUAGUAUUUGUAACUGGCGUUGCCAAGAAGAAGGUCCAGAAGCAAAAGGGCGAGUUGAUUGAGCAGAAUCAAGACGGUCUGGAGUAUUCCAGCGAGGAAGAGGGGGAGAACCUCCACGAGACAGCUGCGGGAAUCGCGAACAAACAGAAACGGGAACUUGCUAAAGUAGAUCACGCGACAACCGAAUACGCCCCCUUCCGGAAAUCCUUUUACGUUGAAGUUCCGGAGAUCGCGAGAAUGACACCAGAAGAGGUUGAGGCGUACAAAGAGGAACUCGAGGGGAUCAGGGUUAAGGGCAAGGGCUGCCCCAAGCCGAUAAAGUCCUGGGCGCAAUGCGGCGUGACGAAGAAAGAGCUCGAGGUCCUUAAAAAAUUGGGAUACGAAAAACCAACGCCGAUACAGUGUCAAGCGAUAUCCGCGAUAAUGUCCGGUCGGGAUUUGAUUGGAAUCGCAAAGACAGGUAGUGGAAAGACACUCGCCUUUCUGUUGCCGAUGUUCAGGCAUAUUUUGGAUCAGCCACCGUUGGCCGAUGGCGACGGUCCUAUUGCCCUCAUUAUGACACCCACUAGAGAACUUUGCAUGCAGAUCGGCAGGGACUCAAAGAAGUUUACAAAGUCUCUAGGAUUGAGUCACGUCUGUGUGUACGGAGGCACCGGAAUUUCCGAACAAAUCGCAGAACUCAAACGCGGCGCUGAAAUCAUCGUCUGCACACCCGGUAGGAUGAUUGAUAUGCUUGCAGCCAAUUCGGGAAGAGUCACCAAUUUACGUAGAGUCACUUACGUAGUUCUUGAUGAAGCUGAUCGAAUGUUUGACAUGGGAUUUGAGCCCCAGGUGAUGAGGAUCAUGGAGAAUGUUCGACCGGAUAGACAGACUGUUCUGUUCUCGGCGACGUUUCCUCGACAGAUGGAGGCACUGGCUCGGAGAAUUCUCACGAGACCGGUUGAGGUUCAGGUUGGAGGGAGAUCGGUUGUGUGCAAGGAUGUGGAGCAGCAUGUGGUGGUUCUGGAGGAGGACCAGAAGUUCUACAAGCUGUUGGAGAUUCUGGGGCAUUACCAGGACAAGGGCUCGACCAUUAUCUUUGUUGACAAGCAGGAAAACGCAGAUACGUUGCUGAAGGAUUUGAUGAAGGCAUCCUACUCCUGCAUGUCGCUCCAUGGGGGGAUUGACCAGUGCGACAGAGACUCGACGAUGAUCGAUUUCAAGGCAGGCCGGACGAAGAUUCUGGUGGCUACGUCGGUCGCUGCCAGGGGUUUGGACGUCAAGCAGCUCGUGCUUGUCAUUAAUUAUGAUUGUCCGAAUCAUUACGAGGAUUAUGUGCAUCGCUGCGGAAGAACGGGACGGGCUGGGAACAAGGGGUACGCUUACACCUUCAUCACGACGGAACAGGAACGUUACGCAGGAGAAAUCGUCAGGGCUUAUGAACUCGCUGGGGUGCCUGUUCCGGAACCUCUGAGGAUUCUCUGGGACAGGUACAGAGCCAAACAAGCCGCUGAGGGAAAGAAACUACACACCGGUGGAGGAUUCAGUGGAAAGGGCUUCAAGUUCGAUGAAUCUGAGGCAGCACUUGCGAAUGAGAAAAAGAAGUUUCAAAAGGCUGCGUUGGGACUCCAGGAUUCCGAUGAUGAGGAUAUUGAGAAUGAUAUUGACCAGCAGAUUGAGAGUAUGCUGGCGCCCAAGAGAACUGUCAGAGAGAUCGCUAGACCUUCUACCAAUAGUGUCAGUGUUCCUGGACAACCGGUGAGCAGUGCCACUGAUAAGUUGGAGUUGGCGAGAAGGCUUGCGUCCAAGAUUAAUAUUGCCAAGAAUCUGGGGGCUGAGGCCAAGGGCGCAACGCAACAAGCUGCUGAGGCUAUACUUAAGGGCGCAGGACCUACCAAUUUAAUUACUGCGAAAACCGUGGCGGAACAACUGGCAGCCAAACUCAACACAAAAUUAAACUAUCAACCUAGGGAAGAGGACUUGAUCGAGGGUGAGGGUGAGCCUGGUGAGCAAACCUUCAGAAAAUACGAGGAGGAAUUGGAGAUCAAUGAUUUCCCACAACAAGCAAGGUGGAGAGUAACGAGUAAAGAGGCUUUAGCACAAAUUUCUGAAUACUCAGAGGCCGGCCUGACAGUCAGAGGUACUUAUAUUGCCACAGGCAAAGCUCCACCUGAAGGUGAACGAAAAUUAUACCUCGCCAUCGAAUCAACAAGCGAAUUAGCUGUCAGUAAAGCCAAAGCCGAGGUAUCAAGGCUAAUCAAAGAGGAACUCAUUAAAUUACAGUCCUCUGGGGCACACACAGGCUCUCGGGGUCGUUACAAAGUUCUGUAAAAUAAAUUUUUACAUGUGCAGUAAAGCAAUGACUAAAUAUUUCUUUGGACAAGACUUCAAUUGAUAUCGUAUAAAAUAUAUUGAUCUACAGCUAAUCGUAAAUAUUUUCUCAUAUAAACACUUAAAUUAUUUAUAUGUACAUUACACGGAUGAGCAUGUGGACAUUUGAUUUUUAUUGGCUCUUCGAUCAUUGUAAAAAGAAGAUAAAUUAGUUCGUUACGUCUUUGGCAAAUUAUUGAUAACUAUCAAGAAAGUAACUAAUUUUUAAUAAAAACUUGAUCAAUGAUUGAGUCAUUGUUUCUUUAAGUAAGGCACUAGAGGAAUCACAGUCUUAAGAGCGUGAAUGUCCCAAAACGAUGGAAUUAUUCAUAGUUUUGGGACAAACGAGAUGAUUACACAUUUACAAAGAAAACAAUUCUUGUUUGAAGGUAAAAUUUCUUAUUCGAGAGAACCCCCUUUGAUAUUAUACAAAAACUUUUGAUAAAAACGGGACUCACGCCAUUUUGGGCUUAGUGCGGAGUUCAAGAUUUUGACUACCAAAGUAGCUUCUUAGUAAUUCUAUUAUUCGGACGAAAAAGUUUUGAAAUUAAGAAUUUUUCAGAUUUAUCGGGAAACAAGAGAUUUGUCCCUCGAAA